CUGAUCUGCGCAUGCGCUGUUAGUAUGGUAGGCUGAUCUGCACAUGCGUUGUUUCUCGGAAGCGUAGCUAGAGGGACCGCUGGUACAAUGGACGCUGGACGUGGGGGUGUGCCAGGUUAUCGAUUCCCCUUCCCACGAAUGAACAAUCCAGGAAAUUUGCCAAACAGUAAUAUGGCUUUCUCAGGACCGAUGAGGCCUCCUAAUUUUCCAACCUAUAACAGAUCGUCUUUCCAAAAUCACGUUUACUUUGCCGAUAAUCCUGAAUUGCAGGGUAGUUCCUUUUGGGUGGGGCCAUUCGAUCACAGGGAGUCUGCGAUGAACAAACAACAAACAAUUCCGAAAAAGAAUAAAAAAGCAAAACAGCAGGCUGCUGCACCACCUCAAGAGGCUCCACCUGCUGAGGAGACGAAAGCCUUCCGAAAAAAAGGCAGAAAGAGAAAUAAAAAACUGAAACUGAAACUGUUAUCUAAAAAAUACGGUAUAGGAGCUAAACUUCCACAAUUAGUAGGAAAUCAACCGCAAAAUCCUGGAGUAGGUGCAGCUAAAAAUCCACAGACGCCAAUACCAAAAGUAGGCAGUCAGCCGCAAAAUCCUGGAGGUGCAGCUAAAAAUCCACAGACUCCAAUACCAACAGUAGGCAGUCAGCCGCAAAAUCCUGGAGGUGCAGCUAUAAAUCCAAAGCAGCCAAUACCAACAGUAGGCAGUCAACCCCAAAAUCCUGGAGUUGCAGCUAUAAAUCCACAGCAGACAACCCGACCAAGUGUCAAUCAGCCCGCAAAUGCCGAAAAUAAGCAUCAGGAACAGACUGGAACCCAGAACGGGGACCUGAAGAGACCAAGGGAAACUGAGAAGACUACAGAUGCUGAUGUGCCUACUCCACCGGACAAGAAGGAGAAGACAGAGAAGAUGGACCCACCUGCACAUCGACCUAAUUUUGAAUGGAGAGGUGACACCAGUACAAUGUUCUCAUGUAACUUGUGUCAGUAUUUUACCCACGACGAGCAGGAAAUCCGGAAACAUUUGCUUUCUUAUCAGCACAAAGAGAUCUUAAAACAUCUGUCUAUCUUCUUCCCGAAAGAUCGAGUGGACUUCAUUCAUGAAUACCUUGUAUUUAGGACAAAGCAAAUCUCCAUGGAAAAGAAGAUGAAAAACUUACAGCCCAUCAAUGACACCUUCAAAGGAAUAGGUCCUGAACAUUUCGUCCAUCGUAUCCAAGCUGCUUACUGCCAGAUAUGUGAUUUAGUCAUCCCAGAUGUCCCACACAAUGUAAUUACGCACAUAAGGUCAGAUGCUCACUCACGAAAACGCAAGGCUACGAUCAAGGACACGAAAAUCAGCAGCAUCAUGGCAGCAAAAGACCUUUUAGUGGAUAAAGAUGUAGUUCGAAGGCUGAAACUAUACAACAUUGGACAGAAUCCCUUUAAGGACACAGUAAUCUCUUUCCCGCCGGACACACCAGGCCAUUCUAAGCAGGUGAGCAGCUCUGAUGAUGUCCUGGUCGCUGAGGAAGAUGAUGAAGAUAAAAAUGUUGAUGGUUCGAAUGAUGAAGAUGCUACUGCUGAUGGCGGAGCUAGUCAAGAGUUUCCUGAUCAACACAAAGAACAUCCUGGUAAUGACAUCAAAGACUCUGAUAGUAAGGUGGUUACUCCCGUUGUGCCAGAGACUAUGGGACCUGGUACUACAUCUAUACCUAAAACUGAGCAGACAGUAAAAGAGGAGGAAAUGGAGGAAGAGGAGGAAGAAGAGGAGGCGGAGGCUGCAGAGGCCCCAUGAUGUUGCUCACCUUUUAAUGUGAAGAAUUAUUUUACUUUUAUUUUACCACCUUUUAUUUUACCACCAUCAUCUGACGGAAGAAAUGCCCCUAUGUCUAAGUAUGAGCCUCUCAGCCAUGGACUCUGACAAGAUGGCCGCCAUUUAGCAGAGAUAACAAAUAUGCUGCCCACCCUUGUGGCUACUGCCGAAAUAUUGGAUUACAUGCUGGCUAUUCGUAUAGCCUAUGUAAUGCAUGGGCACACCAGAUCUGCCACUGUGAAAGACGCUCAUACAUAGUAGUUCUCUAUUUUGGUGCAUAGAAGGGGAGACCUGAGCCUGACUGACCCCCACCAUUAUAGUGUUCAGAUGUUCUAUGAUCUCGCCUGUUGUGUCAACCAUUCCUUGUGUUCAGUUCAGAUUUAAAAGACAGUUUCAGUAGUCCUGAAGAGAACAUGUCCAGAUCGUAAGACUGGCUACUAAGGGUGCAUUCACACACAGCAGAUUUUGAUGCAGAAAUGUCCUGAGAUUUUCCCAGUCACCUAGCAUUGCUAGUGAUUAGCAAAAAUUUGUGUACUUGUUUCUAUAACAACCUUAUUAAAGGGGUACUUCAGUGGAAAACUUUUUAUUUUAUUUUUUUAAAUCAACUAGUGCCAG